AUAGUAAUACUUAGAAAUUUAGUCACUAGAAGUUCACAAGGUUCAUAGUUAGGCAAUAGUCGAAUAAAUUGACUGGAUAAAUUGUGAAAUUUCAAAAUGGUUCGACCAUCGAAUCCACGAUUCAUGGCUCGUGUGCUAGCCGCAGUGGCAAAUCUUGGCGAUACUAGAGGUUCAUCGGCUCGUGAAGUUCUUAAUUUUAUUCGACACAGCAAUGUAUCUCUUAAAAAUCUAACAUUGAAGGUGCAUCGAGCUUUAAAGCAUGCAGUAAACGCUGGACUUUUACGGCAUAGGAGUGGUCGUUAUAAAGCAUUGGCUACUUUGAAUCCAACUUCUGUCCCUAAACCACCUGCUAGUAAAGAAUCAACUAAUAAUCAAAAAAAUCAAGAGAAAACAUUGAAACCUGACAUACAAGCAUUGAUUGGCAAUGUGGAAUCCUCUCGUCGAAUACAAGAGCGCAAGAAAAGAACGUCCCGGCGACGAAAUAGUAGACAUCGUGGUAAUAAAAUGAGAAGGAAGUCUCGAAGUUCACCAUAUACUAAACGAUCCAAUACCGUUCGAAAGCGAAAGCGUACAUAUGAGGACGAGGAGUUCGAAAAUCAGUCAUUCGGACGGCACAUCUUGCACGGAAGAGACGAUUCGCCCGUACCAUCCAGUCGCAGACCGAAACGUUCAAGAGUAUCCAAGCGAGAACUGGAGUCCGACUUCUCUGACGAGAGUGACUGUGAUAGUGUUGUAAACCGGAAGCAUGUAUUUCAAGCAAAUAAAUCACUGCGUCGAGAACCGAAACGCAAAGAGACACGUGCGAAAUCGAGAGGCAGAUCAGCAUCUCGAACUCGAAGUUCGCAACUGCUACAACGAGCAAUGCAAGCGCGACAGCAUCAGAUUAAGGAAAACGAAAACGAAAAUCAGCAAUGUGACAAGAAUCGCGGAUCCACAGAGAACAAUGUAGUGCGUCCAGAAUUACAUAAAGACAUCGAGAGAAUUCGCGAGCCAAAUGACAGCAAUAGUAGCAGCACUCUCGAGAACUCGAGAGAUUGAUCACAUCCUUCUAUUUUUACUGUCCUACUCUACAUUUCUCAACAUAAUUUUCUGUUGCUUGUUGACAAUUAUUUGUCUACAUCUAUUUGUUUUGUAUUUUUCUACAUUGGAAUGUAAUCUUGUUUUAAAAGAUUAAUUUGUGU